ACCUUUUCCCUCGGGAUUUUUGCAAGUUCUCUAGCUGUGCAACCAUUUGUGGCUCUCACCCAGGCUUCAGUUCUGCUGCUAGAACCAUACUGUAGUUGGCUUCCUGCUGCUCUUCUUUCGCUAAGCAGCGCGACUCCAACCAAAUACCAGUCGCGAGCACCAGAAGCAUGGCUCCAGCAGCAGGAAUCGCGUGCUCGCACGCCGCAUCUCUACGGCUGGGCUCUCCUACAGCCGCCUCCUCGCCUUUCUUUACCGGCGAGCCUCGCCUCAAUGCGCGCAUCGCGUCACGUAAAAGCCGAGGCAAUGGCGUAGCUAGGAAGGGUCGUCUGGUGGCCAGAGCUGCCAACGAUAGGAAUGGGCAGGACGGCAGCAACAAGGACGUGGCGGGAGCGGGGCUGACGUGGGUGAGUCCCGAUUGGUUGACGUCCCUGUUCGCGUCGCUGCGCGGCCCCGACGACUCGGGCAUCCCUGUAGCGGACGCGAAGCUGGACGACGUGAAGGACCUGCUGGGCGGCGCGCUCUUCCUGCCGCUCUUCAAGUGGAUGCUCGAAUCCGGGCCCGUCUAUCGGCUGGCGGCAGGGCCGCGCAACUUCGUGAUAAUCGGCGAGCCGGAGGCGGCGAAGCACGUGCUGCGGGGGUACGGCGCGACGUACGCCAAGGGGCUGGUGGCGGAGGUGGCGGAGUUCCUCUUCGGCUCGGGCUUCGCCAUCGCCGAGGGCGACCUCUGGACCGCUCGGCGGCGCGCGGUGGGGCCGUCGCUGCAUCGGAAGUACCUGGAGACCAUGGUGGCGACGGUGUUCGCCACGAGCACGGCGCACCUGGUGGACAAGCUGCGGAGGGGCGCGGGGGGGAGCGACGGGGUGAACAUGGAGGCGAUGUUUUCGCAGCUGACGCUGGACGUGAUCGGGCUGGCCGUGUUCAACUUCCAGUUCGACUCGCUCUCCACCGACUCCCCGCUCAUCCAAGCCGUCUACACCGCGCUCAAGGAGACCGAGUCCCGCUCCACCGACAUCCUCCCCUACUGGCAGGUGCCUGUGCUGUGCGCCAUCGACCCGCGGCAGCGCAAGGCGGCGGAGGCGGUGGCGGUGAUCCGCGAGACGGUGGAGCGGCUGGUGGCGCAGUGCAAGCAGAUGGUGGAGGCGGAGGGCGAGCGACGGGGCGACGACGAGGAGUACGUCAACGAGAGCGACCCCAGCAUCCUGCGCUUCCUGCUCGCCAGCCGCGAAGAGGUGUCAUCCGUGCAGCUGCGCGACGACCUGCUGUCCAUGCUGGUGGCGGGCCACGAGACCACCGGCUCCGUGCUCACAUGGACCGUCUACCUCCUCGCCCAGAACCCGGAGAAGAUGGCCAAGGCCCAGGAGGAGGCGGAGCGCGUGCUGGCGGGGAAGAGCCACCCGAGCCUGGCAGACACCCGGGAGCUCAAGUACCUCACGCGCUGCAUCAACGAGUCCAUGCGCCUCUACCCCCACCCCCCGAUUCUCAUCCGGCGGGCGCGGGUGAGGGACGUGCUGCCGGGGGGGUACAAGCUGGAGCCGGGGCAAGAUGUCAUGAUCUCGGUCUACAACAUCCACCACUCGCCACAGGUGUGGGAGCAGGCAGAGGAGUUCAUUCCCGAGCGCUUUGACCUCGAUGGGCCGGUGCCCAAUGAGGUCAACACGGACUACAGGUACAUCCCCUUCAGUGGCGGGCCGCGCAAGUGCAUUGGCGACCAGUUUGCGAUGCUGGAGGCCAUCUGCGCGCUGUCGGUGCUCAUCCGCGAGUUUGACUUCGCACUUGUGCCCAACCAGGACAUCAGCAUGACCACCGGCGCCACCAUCCACACCAAGAAUGGACUCUACAUGACUGUCAAGGAGAGAGCACCGGCACGAGCUGAAGCAGAUGCUGCAGUUGUGGCAUGAAUAGACAGCACAAAUAAGCGAAAUAAUGCUUGGCACACAAAAUAUUGUCAAUUGAAACAAACAAAUAUGUGCCAACUCUUUGUGUCAUCCAUGUACUUUUUUGUACCCAAAUGUAAUGUGGAUUGCCCAA